AUGUCUCUUCAACGAGUGGCUCGCGCUAGUGCGCUGCGGCGCCUUUGCCUCGGCGAUGCGUCGCCGCUCCAAACCCGCGUGACCACCAUUUACAGCCAGCUCGCUCGUCUGUCGCUUACAUCAAACUCACGACCCUCGACGCCCGUUGCUGGGUCAAUUCGCUCAGUGCAUGCUGGACAACGAUCGCAAUCCUACGCGACCGAAGCCAAGCCCACCAAAGACAAGAAAUCCACCAAGAAGCCAGCGCGGCAAUUGACCGAGAAGCAGAAAGAAGCCAAAGAAAAGAAGGAGAGCCGCGAGCUUCUGAAGCAGCUCAAGACAACAGCGCUUCAGCCUCCUAAGAAGUUGCCUCAAACCUCCCGAGCGGUUGCAACUCAAUCCAAGCUCAACGAACUGAAGACCCAAUCCUCUUCUCGCUCUCCAGUUGAGACGUUCAAGGAAGCCGUCGAACAGGUCACCGCUCAACGACUUGCAGAAGCCGAUCGAUUCAUCGAACAAGCCGAGAAAAAUCGAGCUGCGAACGAGGCUUCCUAUGAGGCGUGGCUUCUUCAGUACACGCCGAUCCAGAUCAAGCAAGCCAACACUGCUCGCAAACACCUUCGCCGUCUUGGUCACAAAAAGUACUAUGGUAUCCAUGACGAGCGGCUGGUGAAGGCUCCUCUGAGCCCGUACUUGUGGUUCAUGAAGGAGCGUCACGAGAGCGGCGACUUCAAGCACCUUGCCGUCAAGGACGCGUCCCUGCGGCUUUCCGGGGAGUGGAAAGAUUUGACUGAUGCAGAGAAGAAGCCCUACUUUGACAAGGCUGGACGCGACCAGGAUCGCUACCGUGAGGAGUACCGUGAGGUCUAUGGCGAGGAUGCUCCCCUUCCCAAAGCCAAGUCCACCAACCCAUAA